AUGGACAGAGGGGAGCUCAAGCUCUACGGCGCGUGGGCGAGCCCCUACGUGCUGCACGUCCGGCUCGCCCUCAAGCUCAAGGGCCUGGACUACGAUUACGUGGAGGAGAACCUGGCCAACAAGAGCGCCGCCCUCCUCCGCCUCAACCCUGUGCACCGGAAGGUUCCCGUCCUCCUCCACGGCGACCGCCCCAUCGCCGAGUCGGCCGCCAUCCUCGAGUACAUCGACGAGACGUGGCCCCGCAGGUUCCCGCUGAUGCCCGCCGAUCCCCGCGAGAGGGCCGCCGUUCGCUUUUGGUGCCACUUCGCCGCCGACAAGGUCAGCCAGAACUCCGGCGAGGGACCGCCUCUUGGCAUUGCCCUUCCGUGCUCCUCACCUCUCGUUGCCUCUGCAGAUGAUUCCCUCGUUGAUUGCGAUCCUGCGCUCGGCCGACGAGGCGCAGAGGGCGGCGGCCGUCGGCGAGGUCCGGGAGAAUCUGGAGCUGCUGGAAGAUGAGCUCCGAGAGGGCUUCUUCCGAGGGAGGAGAUUCUUCGGCUGUGAGAAGCUGGGUUUCCUGGACAUCGUCCUCGGCGUCGACGCGCACUUCCUCCGCGGCGUCACAGAGGUGGCCGAAGUCGACCUCGGGGAGGACUUCCCCUCCUUCACCAGCUGGCUUCGAGAGUUCGAAGCUCAGCCGGAGGUCCAGGAAGUGCUUCCCCCUUCCGAUACGAUAGUCGACUUCCUCCGCGGCUACCGCCGAAGGAUUUUGGCACAAGCUUAG